AGAAAAUCUUUAAAGUUGCCACCAACACAAAUGCAUAAAUAGCGGGAGAGAAGCAAAGUGAGCUUCAUCACAUCAAAAGACAAAACACACAUCACUAUUACACGAUGAUGAUGGAGCACAAAGCCAACAUGGCAAUGGUGUUUGUACAGAUUGUAUACGCAGGCAUGCCAUUGCUCUCUAAAGUAGCCAUCUCUCAAGGAACCAACCCUUUUGUCUUUGUUUUUUAUAGACAAGCCUUCGCGGCUCUUGCCUUGUCCCCUUUCGCAUUCUUCCUUGAAAGCUCCAAGUCCUCUCCUCUAUCGUUUAUCUUGCUGCUCAAAAUAUUCUUUAUCUCCUUAUGCGGACUCACGCUGAGUCUUAAUCUCUACUAUGUGGCCAUCGAGAACACCACCGCCACCUUCGCGGCAGCCACCACCAACGCCAUCCCCUCUAUCACAUUCGUCUUGGCUCUCCUAUUCAGAUUAGAGACGGUGACCUUGAAGAAGUCACACGGAGUGGCCAAAGUCACUGGUUCAAUGGUUGGAAUGUUGGGCGCAUUAGUGUUUGCUUUUGUAAAAGGGCCAAGUUUGAUAAACCACUAUAACAGCAGCACCAUCCCAAACGGCACCGUUCCAUCAACCAAAAAUUCUGUAAAAGGUUCAAUCACAAUGCUCGCUGCCAAUACUUGCUGGUGUUUGUGGAUUAUCAUGCAGAGCAAGGUGAUGAAGGAAUAUCCAGCGAAGUUGCGAUUGGUAGCACUUCAAUGCUUGUUCAGUUGCAUACAAAGCGCAGUUUGGGCAGUCGCGGUGAACAGAAACCCAUCAGUUUGGAAAAUCGAAUUCGGCUUACCUCUUCUCUCAAUGGCUUAUUGUGUACGUUUAAUCCUAUCUCUAAUCUCUAAAUAUGAAGUUCCUCUUCUUGUUUAUUAAAAGAAUGAUCAAAGAAAAUUAAAUAGGGAAUUAUGGUGACUGGACUGACAUAUUGGUUACAAGUAUGGGCAAUAGAGAAGAAAGGGCCAGUAUUCACUGCACUAUACACUCCUUUAGCUCUCAUCCUUACUUGCAUUGUCUCAUCUUUCCUUUUCAAGGAAACAUUUUACCUUGGAAGUGUGGGUGGGGCAGUGUUGUUGGUGUGUGGACUAUACCUUGGUCUAUGGGGUAAAACUAAAGAAGAGGAAAUACAAAGAUAUGGUGAAAAGCAAAGCCAAAAAGAAAUUAUAGAAGAAGUUAUCAUCGUCUAGGAUUGCAUCUCAAAAGGCAUCAGUACACCCAUAUUCCACGUCCUUUGAUACUUUUAUUGUCGCAGUUAUCAUAUGAAUAAUGUCUAAUUUUCAUGUAAUGUGUAAAUAUUAAUGUGGAGUUUUCUUUUCCUCAACGUAAUGUUUUAUUGAUUAAAUAAUGAGGUAACAUAUUGGGUAUAUUAGUGACGAUUAGAGGCAGUAGAUUUGUAGCCAUUCACCAACUCAAAAAGUUGAAAAUGAA